UCUCUUCAUGUCGAAAAAACGUAAAGAAUAAUAAUACUGCGAGACGAAGGGAGUAGUAUAUCACCGCCGUCAAUCCAUUUUCUUGUACCGUCAUAAAAGGAGAACAACCGGUGGAGCUUUUUUCAGCGGCUCGGAACACUUGUAUUUCUUCAAUGGCGGAUUCUGGCUUCGCUUCCAACAAAAGAGAUCCUAUUAAAUCACUAGUUGGGAAUGCUGCGGGUACCAGAAGGCGGCAACAUGCAAUUACAGUUGGGAAAGAAAGGAGGGAAUCGCUGGUGCGUGCGAAACGACUUUGUAGGGUUAGAGUUAGUGAUGCCGAAAUUGACCUUGAUGAUGUUGAGGCUGAGAUGAUAAUUGAUGAAGAACAAUCUAUAUUGGAGUCUCAAACUUCCUUGGCAGUUGAAAAUUUGAAAUCUUCUCUUGCUUAUCAGGGGAAGGGUGCAAUGCAAAAAAGAGUAGGCGCCCUUCAAGAAUUAAGGCGUUUACUGUCAAGAUCUGAAUUUCCUCCUGUUGAGUCUGCUCUUAAAGCUGGAGCUGUUGCCAUACUAGUGCAGUGUCUUUCAUUUGGUUCUCCAGAUGAGCAGUUGCUUGAAGCUGCUUGGUGUCUUACAAAUAUUGCUGCAGGAAAUCCAGAAGAAACAAAAGCUUUGCUGCCUGCAUUUCCUUUGCUUAUUGCUCACCUUGGGGAAAAGAGCUCCUCACCUGUUGCUGAGCAGUGUGCUUGGGCUCUAGGAAAUGUGGCUGGUGAAGAUGAAGAGUUGAGGAAUGUUCUUCUAAUUCAAGGGGCCUUAAUACCUCUUGCAAGAAUGAUGCUACCAAACAGACGUUCAACUGUUAGAACAGCUGCCUGGGCUUUGUCUAAUCUAAUCAAGGGUCCAAAUCCUAAAGCUGCUAACGAACUCAUCCGUGUUGAUGGAGUUUUUGAUGCAAUUAUUCGACACUUGUCAAAAGCGGAUGAUGAAUCAGCUACUGAAGUAGCAUGGGUAGUUGUUUAUCUAUCAGCACUUGCAAAUGUAGCUACGAGCAUGCUGGUGAAGAGCGAUGUACUUCAAUUGCUUGUAAAUAGAUUAGCGACAUCGAACAGUUUGCAAUUAAUGAUUCCGGUUUUGAGAAGUUUAGGUAAUCUCAUUGCUGGUGAUUCCCAUGCAACUUAUGCUGUUCUUGCACCUGGACUUGAAAUUACAGAUAAUGCCAUACAAGUCUUGGUAAAAUGUCUGAGUAGUGAACACAGGGUCUUAAAGAAGGAAGCAGCAUGGGUGCUGUCUAACGUAGCUGCUGGUUCUGUUGAGCACAAGCGGUUGAUAUAUUCAAGUGAGGCAAUGCCUUUGCUAUUGCACCUUCUUUCUGCUGCCCCAUUUGAUAUAAGAAAGGAAGUAGCUUACGUAUUGGGAAACCUUUGCGUUGCCCCAAGUAAAGAUAACGAGAAGCCAAGUGUGAUCCUGGAGCAUCUGGUUUCACUUGUUGGAAAAGGUUGCUUGCCAGGUUUUAUUGAUUUGGUUAGAUCAGCUGAUAUUGAAGCUGCAAGGCUGGGGCUUCAGUUCCUAGAGCUGGUCCUGAGGGGGAUUCCAAAUGGAAAGGGCCCAAAUCUUGUUGAACAAGAAGAUGGGAUUGAAGCCAUGGAAAGAUUUCAGUUUCACGAAAAUGAAGAAGUGAGAACUAUGGCAAAUAGUCUAGUUGACAAGUAUUUCGGAGAGAACUAUGGGCUUGAUGAGUUGUAGGGUAAGAAUAACGAAAUCACAAUCGUUUUUGUCCUUGCAACGCAUUCCCUUGCCUCCUCACCUCCAUAUCUUAUGUAGCAGCUUAAUCAACUAACGUGGCUGAACUCUAGAUAUGAUAUUUGGGGGUGUGAUAUAUGAUUAAAAAAUAGUGUAAUGUUACCCAUAGCAACUGAAACAUUAAAUAAAAUAAUAACAGUUUAGUUUGAGUUGUUAAUUAGGUUUGAAUGUAACGAAUUUGAUACCCGAACUAAUAGAGAUCGGAUUUCAUUGAUUUAGUUUGAAUGUGACCCGAUAAAAGAAAAACCAAAGAAAUUUAAUUAGUAUUGGAAUGCAAUGAUUUAGAUCUUGAGGUA